UUGAGCGUUAUUCUAUCAGUUCCACUAGUUCGAUAGACAGUUAUGAUUUCAGUCAUUAUGAAAAGGAAAACCAAUUGCCUGCUAACCUUGAAGAUUAUGAUUUCGAUGACUAUGAAAAUAACGAGCUAGUACAAAAUACCAUUCAAGACUUGAACAAGUUCUUUACUACUGUUAAAUGUCAAUGCUCUAGUAAUAAUAAGGAAAAUAAAAAGUGCUUUGAGGUCGUGGGAUUUAAACGGUUCUUUGAACGUCAUCUCCAAUUUCGAGCUUUGGGUAGAGAAGAAUUAGAUGCGGUAUUAAUGGGACAAAUAUUGGCGUUCCAAUGUGAUGGAAAUAUAAAAAUGGAUGGGCAUCGUUCGCGUGAUUUUUUUAGAUACCAAUUUAAUGGACAAAUUGCUCUCUGUAUGACAGUCUAUCUAAAACUGGUAGGAAUUAGUAGAAAUAAACUUGAUGCGAUCAAGCGACAACUAGAGGAAUAUGGACUAACAAUGAGAAUACAUGGUAACACCAAACGUCUGCCUCAGCGAUCAAGCAAAGUAACCAUUACUCAUGAUAAUGCCAAAGAAGUUUCAUCUUUUAUUCUUAAUUAUGCUGAUAUUAAUGGGCUUCCAAGACCCGGUAGCCAUCUAGAAAAGAAUGAUCAGGCAUUGAUUUACUUGCCUACAGAUGAAAACUAUACUUCCGUUUUUCAUAAAUAUGAACAAGUUAUGAAAUCGAUGAACAGAAAUAAUGAUCAAAUCAGUCGGUCCUCUUUUGUUCGUUUGUGGAAAUCGCUCAUUCCUCAUAUUAAGUUUAUGACUCCCAAGUCAGAUUUAUGCAAUGUUUGCGAAACAUUAAGAUGGAAAAUUGGUCAUACCAACAAGCCUGAAGAUAAAGAAGAGUUAUUAGUUGAAUAUGCUAGUCAUAUAAGAAUUGCUAAACUCGAACGCGAAUAUUACAAUGAUAACAUUAAAAAAGCAAAAGAAAAUGCUUCCCAUACUAUUAAUAUUCAUUCACCACUUGCUACUAAAGAAAGACCUGCCCCAAAUACUGUUGAUGCUAUUGCUCAUUUUUGUUAUGAUUGGGCGCAGAGUGUUCCAGUACCAUAUUCUCCACAACAAAUUGGUCCUUUGUAUUUUAAGAGUGUACGCUCAGUCAGUAUUUUCGGAAUUAAUGAUACCGGUAAUCAGCCUCAAUCUCAUCAAAUAAAUUACCUUGUAGAUGAAGGGGAGUUUCCUGUAGGAGUAGCAAAGGGUGCAAAUACAACUUUAAGUUUGGUCUAUGACACACUUAUUGAACGUAACAGAGGUGAGAAGAACAUCAAGAUUACUUGUGAUAACUGUGGAGGGCAAAACAAGAAUAAUGCUACUAUUGCUUUCUACUGUUGGUUGGUAUUAAUUAGUAUGUUUGACACUAUUGAACUUAAUUUCAUGAUACCCGGGCACACAAAAUUUAUUUGUGAUAGAUAUUUUGGACUUUUGAAAGCUCGUUACAAAAAGUCAGUGAUAAAUACUGUUGACGAUAUUGCUGAAGUAACUAGAAUGUCUACUCAUGGCAAUAAUGCAAUCCGUUACAAAGAUCAUGAGUGGAAAUAUUUUGAUUUUGUUAAUUAUUUUACUCCUUAUUUUAAAAAAGUCCCUAACAUUAGACGUUACCAUCAUUUCUUGUUCAAGUCUACUGAACGUGGCAAAGUUUUCUGUCAGGAAACUGCUAAUGGAGAAUUUACAAUUAUCGAUUUAUUUAAAAAGAAUACUAUAUUUGAUCCUUACAUAUUACCAAAGACUUUAGAUUUACAACCUAUUUUACUUACGAGACAGACAUAUCUUUAUAAUGAAGUAAGAAGAUUUGUCAACGAUCCUUAUAAGGAUAUAACUUGCCCCAGACCGCCAAGUAGUUAA